UUGUUCGAAGGGUCAUUGCCACCGGGCCUGGUUUGUGCCUUCGCGCUGCUGCUCGCUGAUGUCCCUCUCAAAUGAAUUUAUACCGCUUUGGAAGUGAAUGUGGGAAUUCCUGGCCGAGGAUUGGCAAAGUUUGGACGUUUCUUAACCUGAAAAUCAUCAGAGUUUAUUAAUUAUUAACUAUUAAUCCGCUGCCUGUGUCUGUGCUAUGGAAGUCAUGGAAAGGAGCUGGGGUUGGUGAGAGCAACGUUGCUGAGCUCUGAAGGGGCUCUGCCCGGAGCUGAACCUCGAGUCCUGCUCUAUGCUCACUGGGGGAAGGCCCGGAAGGACAUCUCGGACUGUUGGUGCUGCUUCAUGCAGUUCAAUGUUCUGAGGUCAUGAAACUUAAUCCACAGCAAGCUCCAUUAUAUGGCGACUCUGUUAUUACAGUGCAGCUGACUGAGGAAGAUAAGGUUGAAGAUGAUGUAGUUUUCUACUUGAUCUUCACUGGGUCAACUGUCCAGCACUGCACAAGCACUAGGAAGAUUAAUCCUGGGAGUCUGGAGACAAUUUCUCCUGGCCAUGACUGCUGUGAGACGGUGAAGGUGGCACUUUGUGCCUCUAAGGAAGGUCGCCCUGUUCUGGUGGUGGCAGAAGAGAGCUUCAAGUUCAUCCAGGAUGAAGCCUACGAUGCAGCCCAGUUUCUGGCUACGUACGCAGGGAACCAGCAGGCACUAAACUUCACCCGUUUCUUGGACCAGUCGAGACCACCUGCAGCUGAUGUGGACAUUCUGGAUGAGAAAGUGGCUUUGGCAUUUCGACACCUGAAAUUGCCUGCAGAAUGGAACGUGCUGGGAACGGAUCAGUCCCUCAACGAGAACAUCCCUCGGGAGACACUGAUGCACUUUGCAGUGAGGCAGGGCCUGCUGAGGCUGACGUGGUUUCUGCUCCAGCAGCCAGGAGGAAGAGGAGCUCUCAGCAUCCACAACCGCGACGGCGCGACGCCCGUGAGCUUGGCCUUGGAGAGGGGCUACCAGAAGUUGCAUCAGCUUCUGACCGAAGAGGAAGCCACGGAGCCCGACUCGUGGAGCACCCUGUCUCACACUGUGCACACUGGGGACUACUGCGUCAAGCACCACCAGCAGCUCGAUGUUUACACGCUAACAGCUGAAACCAAGGAAGGGACAAAAGCCAGCCUGGAGAGUGACAUACGGCAGCUUCAGAUGCACAUGCAAAGCCACCAGCACGUGAGUUCAAGGAAGCGGACGAAGACUGUACUGGGAGCCUCUGGAAAUAGCUGUGGCAAUGGAGCUGAGCCAGUUGGUCACUCAACUGCUUCAUCUCAAAGCCUAGGAGAAAUGCCAGAAGAAGGAAGGAAGGAAAGUCCAUCUGAUGUCCUUCACCUUGACAGUGGGCAGCUCUCAGACCAAGCCCACCAGAAGGACGAGUGCCCCAGUAGGUCACUGAUAACUGGUGCUAUUGAUGCGCCGAACGGCUCGCUGAGUCUGGGGGUGGUGGAGAGCCCAGAGUGCUCCUGUGAAAGCAAAAAUACGGUGACGUUGUGUAAAAAGGAAGAGGAGGGGCCAGCCUCUGCUCAGAGCUCCGGGACUGUAUCUGAUGAGAACGGCUGCACAGUCAGCCCGUGUGCAGGCGUCAACGGUGCUGUAAAUCUCCCAUCCUGUGGAAAUACAAAUGAGGAAGCUGGAAUGACAUCUGCUGGAGUUGUUUUGGAUCAAGCCGGCUUGUGCAGUAAAGAUAGCACCCAUCAGGAAGUGGGAGCUGCUGAGGAGUGUGCAGCUGAAAGUACUGUUGCUGUGGUUGAAACUGCCGGUGAAGCCCCAGCUUCCCGAGAGGGCGUGGAUAUGGCCAUGGGCCAGACCGAGUGCAGGAACUGUGCUGGGGCAGCUGACAGGGCGCCGGGCCAGCAGCAGGUAGAGGAUGGGAUGGCUGAGACCCCUGCAACGAGGACUGAGGAUCCAGGAGAACCAUUGCCAGCUGAGGAAGAACCCGCAAGUGUUGCUCAGCCCUUGCUUGAUGGCUUUAAUGGCACUGAGCAUGCAGGUGGGGAGGAUGCAAAUGUGGGAGUGGUACCGGAGUGUGACAGUACAAAUGCAAAUGUUGACAUUGAUGUCUCUGUUGGUCUUUGCAAGAGUGGUGAUAAUGAUAAGACUGGAGUGUCAGGCACUGAUCUGGUAAACAAUGGAGUUUUGGAAAGCAAAGGUGGUGCCUGUGUCAAGGAAAGGCCAAGAGUCGCUGCGAGCACCAGGGCACCGUUGCCUUCAGUGAAUGGAGUGAAGGUACCUGUGUGUGUGCCAGUGUUUCCUGAUGCGGAAAGCCAAGACAGCAGGGAGAGUGUGGAACCUGAAGGGCAGGUGAAAGUGGGUAGCACAAAUGGCAAAUCCAGCUCACCCUCCCUGGAAGACAGCGUGGAAACUGAUGGCCUUGAUGCUAGAGCUGAAAAUGGCAAUAUUGGUGGAACUAAACAAAGCAGUGAAAAACCCACACAUUGCCAGGGGAGCAGUGACAUUGCUGAGUGUAUAGGCAAAGCUGUGGAGGGCAGUGGAGCCCACAGCAAGGAGCCAGUGGGAACUGAUACCAGCAGCAGCAGAGAGGGAGGAAGCAUAGAUUCUGCAGACAGAGCUCAGGAAGUUGCUAGCUGCUGCCCUCCUGUUGAUCAAACUACUGUUAAUGAUGAAACAGGGGACAAGUUAAAGCUGGAUGGCACUCAAGGGAGUGUGCAGGAGCCCAGAUUGCUCCCUCUGGAGGAUGCAAGCACGUUCUCAGCAGGGAAGGAGCCUCCAAAAGCUGAAGAGAGAACAGAAAUUGCUUCAGGGCAAGGGAUGCCCCAUCCUGAUGCAGGGGACCUGGCUUCAGGUCGGACAGGAGAUGCUAUAGUGGCACCUCCUGGACAGGAGACACCCCUGUGCAGUAGUGACCCUGUUUUACCUCCAUGUUCCAAGGGCGCAGACUGUACAGAGGAUAAUUUUGUAGGCACACCCUUUGUAAUUCGUAAUGAAGAAUCUAAACAAAAGCAGGAAGUGGCAGCAGCAGGAUCGGCUGAGCUGGCCCCGCCGCACAGCCAGGAGCGUGGCGGGGUGGCCGGCGUGCUGGAGGACUAUGCGGGGGCCCCAGGCCCUCCCAAGCAAAGCCUACAGCCUCAUGCUGAAGGAGAAGAUACAGCCAAAGCUGAGAGGGAGGCCUCAAACAGCAGCCAGGAGCAGGUUUUGUCGGAGAAUCUGCUUGCCACAGUUGUGAAAUCCUCUGUCGGCAGUGCAGAGAGGCCCGCAGCCAGCAGUGAUGCGGGUGCUGGGCUGAAGGAGCUGGGCCCAAACCAGGCUGGGACAGCAGGAGCAGGAGAUAGCAUCAUGCAAGGAACUGGGCCAGCAGCAGGGAGUAACCCUUGUCUGGACGCAGGGCUGCCCCAGGAGCGUGGUUCAAACCUGCAACAUGUCUCCCCGCGCAGCAGCACCCCCGAAUUGAAGGAUGCUUUGGCAAUGGAAGCCCCGAGCCUUGCUUUUGAGGCUGAGGAAGCGUUGCAGAUAGCAGCGGUAACCUCCAUCACAGGGUAUGAGGAAGAGCAGGGGGAGAUGGAAAGUGUCCUUCCCAGAGCCACGUUGCAGCCCAUUGCGGAGGAGCCCACGUGUGACAGUGACUCCAGCAGUGACACCAUGGGUCCAGGCGGUGAUGGCGAUUCUGCUCCCACUUCGACAGCAGCACAAGGGUUGGUCACAGCACAGCCUGAGGGUAAGCAAAGCCAAGGCAUAUCGGAGCCAACCCCUUCACCCUGCUCCUCUGGCUUCAAUGCUGUUGAGUCACCCGAGCAUGUGGGAGUAAAGAGUUCAGUUUCGGCAGAUGAUGGCUCUUCUCUGGAUAAAGUUCCUAAAAUGGUAAAAAGUUUUGAUGCCGUAGUUUUUGCAGCUGAGACCCCUUCAUCUCCUGGCUUACCAGCUGAAGGAAAAGUGGGGCCUGAGCCCCAGCCUGCAGUGGAUGUGGCAGCUGGCCUUAACGGAGAGGCAGAUUUAAGAUCCUCUGCCAGAAAGGACGUCAGCCAGGCCAUUCGCGGAACCAAGCCUGCCACAGGGAAGUUGAAAAUGAAAACUGAAGAUGAGGUGGAUUUUAUGAAGGACCCCAGAGAGAGCGCAGCGCGCGAGGGAGCGAUAAACCGUGAAAGCUGGUGCUCACUGGAGCCAUGUCCUGACUCUUCGCUGCUGGAGCGCAAGCGGACAGGAGAGUCUCCAGAGUGUGAGAACUUCUUGGAGGAUGGGCUGAGCAGCGUCUGUGCCUCAUCACAGGGUGUCCUUAAAAGAGAGUCUGGCAGCGAGUCUGACUUCUUCUCCUUGCCUGGUGAUGGGAUGGAAGAUCUUGUCUUUGGGAAGCAGCCUGAAGAGGAACAGUCUGCAGGAGAUGUCACCAGCUCCAGCUCCUCUGCUGAUGACACCGUGUCCUUGGAGAGGAACUCAUCCCUGGGUAGCGACACGUCCCUGCCCUUCCCACCCGCGGUGAGCUUUGCACAGCCCAAGGACAGGCGCAGCCUGGAUGGGAGCUGCACGAGCAUGGUGGCUGUGGAGGGAGGAGAGGGUGAACUCGCUGGCUUGGGAGAGAAGGAAGAGGAGCUGGACAGUAUCACAGACGUGCCUGCUCCUUCCUCCGUCUCAAGAAACUCCAUGCGGCCGCUGUCACCUUUCCGACGCCACAGCUGGGGGCCAGGGAAGAAUGCCACCAAUGAAACAGAAAUCAAUCAGAGGAGUUCAAUGCGAGUUCUGGGGGAUGGUAUAAAGAAGCCUCCCAUUCAUAGAAGAAGUUUGAGCUGGUGUCCCUCUGGUGUGCAGUUCGCUGCCAUGGGUCCUGACUUUAAUUGUAGAAGUUACAGCCUAGAAGGCCUUGCUGGAGACUCUGGUGAGAAGAAGAAGCCCUCUGCAAACAUGGAGGCUGCUUCUCUGAGCUCCAAAGACCUUCCACGGAGCACACUCACCAGCAACCAGUGCGGCUCCCUGGUCUUGCUCACUGAAGAACUUGAGCAAGGGGAAAUCAGAGACUAUGAUCACCAGAUCCAUCAAGCACCACACCCACAAGGAUUCAAUUUCUGCACUUCCUCCGUUUCGUCUUCACUGACCAAAUCUGUGUCUUUAAUGUCAAUUAGUAAACCAUCUCUGGACACCCAGGGCCGGACUCGACCAUCGAGACGAAUCUCCUUCUCCUUCAGCAUCUCUCCACUCAUUCCUAAGUCUAAAACUCUCUUUUCUAUUGGCUCUUCUUCCAGUGAUGAGGAGGAGGAGUUGGAUAGUACUCAGGCAUUUGGUGGCCCCGCGGGUUCCUUGGUUCAGAGCAUAUCUGAAGAGAGCAGCAGUGUCCCCUCUAUUAAAAGUGGAACAAAAGUCAGUCGUACCUUCAGCUACCUCAGGAAUAAAAUGUCCAGCAGCAAGAAGAGCAAGGAAAAAGAGAAAGAUAAAGAGAAGACUAAAGAGAAGGACAAAGAUUCCAAGGAAAAGGAAAAAGAUAAGAAGAUGUUAAAUGGACAUCUCUUCACUGCAACCUCCGUUGUAGCCCAAGCAAUCUGUUACCACUGUAUGAAACCUUUCAAUAAGGAUUCGUACUACUGUGCAAACUGCAAUGCAAUUGUUCACAAAGGCUGUAAGGAGAGCUUUGCUUCCUGUGCAAAGGUGAAAAUGAAGCCACAGAGAGGAAUGCUGCAGGCACAUGAUACCUCUUCAUUACCCACAGUGACCAUGAGAAACAAAGGCUCACAGCCCAAGGAGCGCCCUCGCUCCGCGAUACUCGCUCCCGAUGAGAACACCGUCACCUCCAUCUUCAACAACAGGAGAUCACAGCAGCCUACGGCGCUGUCGAAGAGUGUCUCAAUACAGAACAUUGCAGGGGUUGGGAAUGAUGACAGCUUAAUACACACUUGGAAAUUUCUGUCACAGUCCACAGACUCUUUACAUAAAAUUAGCCGGGUGAAUGAAUCCACUGAAUCAUUAGUUGAUGAAGGUGCAGACAUGAAUGAAGGGCAGCUGAUGGGAGACCUGGAACUAGAUUCCAAGCAGCUGGAGGCAGAGUCCUGGAGCCAAGCAGUGGACAGCCUGUUCCUACAGCAGCAAAACAAGGAUGUUGUCAAACGGCAAGACGUAAUUUAUGAGCUCAUGCAGACAGAAAUGCAUCAUGUCCGCACCCUGAAGAUAAUGAACGACGUAUACAGUGCAGGGAUGUUACAAGAGCUGCAGUACGAUCAGCAAGUUGUGGACAAGAUCUUUCCCUGCCUGGAGAACUUGCUGCACAUACAUAGUCAGUUCUUCCAGCGGAUUCUGGAAAGGAAGAAGGAGUCAUUGGCAGACAAAAGUGAAAAGAACUUUGUUAUCAAGAGGAUCGGUGACAUCCUGGUGAAUCAGUUCUCCGGAGAGAACGCUGAGAGAAUGAAGAAGACAUACGGCAAAUUCUGCGGGCACCACAAUGAGGCAGUAAAUUACUUUAAAGAUCUGCACUCAAAGGACAAACGUUUCCAGGCUUUUGUCAAGAAAAAAAUGAGCUCCUCCCUGGUGAGACGUCUUGGGAUUUCUGAAUGUAUCUUGUUGGUAACACAGAGAAUCACAAAGUACCCAGUUCUUUUACAGAGGAUACUGCAGUACACGGCAGAAAAUGAAGUGGAACAUGAAGACUUGACUCAGUCAUUAAACCUUGUUAAAGAUGUGAUUGCUGCAGUCAAUAGCAAAGUCAGUAACUAUGAAAAGAAAAUGCGCCUUGAUGAGAUUUACAACCGGACAGACAGCAAAUCCAUCAUGAGGAUGAAAAGUGGUCAGAUGUUUGCAAGAGAGGACUUGAGACACCGGAAGCUCAUCCGAGACGGGCCUGUGUCACUGAAAAAUGCAGCCGGACGGCUGAAAGAAGUCCAGGCUAUUCUCCUCUCUGACAUGCUCGUAUUCCUUCAGGAGAAGGACCAGAAAUAUGUCUUUGCCUCACUGGACCAGAAAUCCACAGUGAUCUCUCUGAAGAAGCUCAUCGUACGGGAAGUGGCUCAUGAAGAGAAGGGUUUGUUCCUGAUCAGCAUGGGUGUGAAAGAUCCCGAAAUGGUGGAAGUGCAUGCCAGCUCCAAAGAAGAGCGGAACGGCUGGAUGCAGAUCAUUCAAGACACAAUAAGUACCAUGGAUAAGGAUGAGGAUGAAGGAGUCCCUUGUGAGUCUGAAUUUGAAAAGAAAUUGUCAGACACAAGAAUCAGAGCGCUGAAAGAACAACUUCAGCAGAAGGAUAGACAGAUCCUCCUCUUGCUGGAGGAAAAGGCCAAAAUAUUCAGUGACCUGGCAGACUCCUCUAUGCAAGAGGACAUGCCGGGCUCCAGACUGCUCUUCAGAGCCAACACUGAAGAAGCGCCAAAAGGAGAAGCCAUUAUGAAAACUGCAAUAAAUGAAGUGGAACUGCUGCAAGAGCUGGUGAACAGGAACCUGGGCAGCACCCUUAUGCAGCAACUCAGCAGUGCUGCCAUUGAUGAAGAGGGAGGAGUUGGCCCCAUCUCUCUUCCUAAAAGGGCAGAAACUUUUGGAGGAUUCGACAGUCACCAGAUGAAUGCCUCCAAGGGUGGAGCGAAGGAUGAAGGCGACGAUGCUCAGGACCUACGGAGAACAGAGUCAGAUGGUGUUUUAAAGAAGGCUGGAAAUGCUAACCUGAUGUUCAUACUGAAAAGGAACAGCGAGCAGGUCCUUCAAAGUGUUACCAGCCUCUGUAAGCUGCUCAAUGCUCUGCAGGGCGUUGUCCUACAGCAGGACACCUACAUCGAGGGCCAGAAGCUGGCCUUGAGUGAGAGGGCCCUGUCCCGAGGCUUCUUCCGCCCAGCCUCGCUGCUGGAGCAGGAGAAGCAGCGCAACCUGGAGAAGCAGCGCCAGGAACUUGCCAACCUGAAGAAGCAACAGGCUCAGCACCAGGAGGAGAAGAAGAGGGCAGAGAAGGAGUGUGAAGCACGGGAGAAGAAGCUGGCGGAGCUGGAAAUCCAACUGACCAAGAGGGAGGAGGAGAUCCAGAAAGGGUGGCAGGAGCUGGAGUGCAGGCGGGAUGAGCUGCGGCAGUUGAAAGCCUCCUACCAGCUUGAAAUGGAGAAACUUCUCAGUAAGCAGAAGCAGCUGGAUAAGGAGUGGGAGCAACUCAAGAAGGACAUGGAGCGACAACCUCAAAUGUGGUUGGAGCAUGAUGACAACCAGGUGUCAAAUCGACAUGAGAAACUUGCCAGGGUUUGCUCCCAGUCCAGCCUCGAAGGCACCUCUGUGCAGAAGAGCCCCUCAUUUCCUAAGCAAGGGCACUCUGAUGCAGAACUGUCUGUCUCCCCCAAAAGGAACAAUCUUUCAAGGACACACAAAGAGAAAAGCACUUCCCAUUUGCUUAGCACAACAAACCUGACUAACAAGGCAGCUGAGGAGCAGCCCCAGAUGCCUACUCGCCUCUUCAGUUUAUCCAAACCAAAGGAAAAGAAGGAAAAGAAGAAGAAGGGCAGGGGACAUCGCUCCCAGGAAUCUGAUUCUCAUUCAUCAGAAGCACCUCCAGAGGGUGAGGAGAUCUUCUGCUGAGUGGGGACGGCUCCGUCGGUCACUCUCAGCUUUCAUACAGCGGAUAUCUCCCUGCCCGACCCACAGCACAGUGCUGGUGCCUGCACCUGCACCUGACAAGCAUCUGGAGGUUUUCAUUAAAACGUUCUGCAAGUUUAUAAAGUGGUGGGAAAGAGCUUCUUUCCUUGGGUUUGCGUGAGUUGUCACCGCAGAGGCUUCCCACACAGCAAGUGGUACCAUCUCCCUGUGCAAACCUGGAUUCAGGUCGGUUGGGACGGAUGUUUGCAGUCUGUGGUGCUGCUAAGGGAUGAGAGAACAUAGCCUUAAGGGGUCUGUGCCUUCAUGUUCCCCUUUUCUGGGGAAGGUAACCAAAACCAAGCAUUCAGAAAAAGAUUAGGACUCUACAAAUGGUGCGUACACACUGGCAUAUAUAGAUAUACUGUACAUACCCAUCUCUGUAUCUAUGUAUCCUCUGGGAUAUGCUUAGGUCUGUACAGCCAAGCUUAGCUCGGCCCGUGGGGAUAGGUGAUGCCUUUCAGGGAGCAUUUGGACAUCAAAUAUCUUGUCCUACUGCCCCAGCUGUAACGCCACUGACCCGCACGCCCCUUGGUGCUCAUGGUGUGGGUGCUGGCUUUCAGCAAGGCACUGCACGCUGGGGAAGAGUAAUGGUGUUCAAAAGAAAAAAAAUCAGGAAACAAAUAAAAUUGAAGCUCUCCAAAGAGAUUUAUGGGGGGUGGAGGAGUUACGUGUCAAACUGUUUCCAGAAUCAAGCAGAACUUGGAGUAUAUUUAAAGUGAUGCAGAAAAUUGAAACUGGGAGGUUUGGAAGGCAACCCUAGGAAGCCAGGACAGAAGGUCAUCAAGUAGGAAGAACGCUAAGCAGCUUUUUUUUUAAGAACUCUCUUGGAGCUACAGCUCACUCCUUCCCAUAAAGAUUUGUAUUGCCAGGAUCUAUUUCUCCAGUUGUUUGACAUCCCUUCAGGCAAGCCUGAUGGCUUAUGGGAAAGGUGGCUGGAAAUCUGCUUUGAGGGACCUUGGUUCUGUUAUUUGUGCUUUCUUUCCUCCACUCUUUAUGUUACCGCUAGGCUUCUCUUCCUCCGGACUUUGUCAGCUUCUCCAGCUUGUUUCUAAGGCAGAACACCAGCAGUUUCAGAGCACAUCGGUGAGAUAGGUCAGAGCAGAGAGAACUCUGAGGAGGCAGCUCUUCAGACCCAUGCCUCUGCAGCAUUGUGCUCUUGUUUCUGGACAGAAAAAUGUAUUCACGUGGACAAAACCACUGUGCAGCAGAUCCAAAAGCUGGCAUGCCAGGUGCACGUCCUUUGCUGUGUGAGCACAUCUGUGUCACCCUCAGCAGAAGGGGAAGGUUUGAGGACAGCUCUCGAUGCAGUAUCAUAGUCAUUUCAGCUGGAAAAGACCUCUAGCAUCAUCAAGCUCAAUUGUUCACCUAGCACUGCCAAGUCUGCCUCUAAAGAAGCACGUGCCGACAGUGAGGUGUUUUAUACAGCUGUGGAGUACAGCAGGGAAGAGCAAUGCAGCAAGCCACUUCUGUUCCUUGCACGAUUGUUCCAAACCCUCUGAGAUCAAUUGGCCGAGUGGAUCUGUGAACAGUGAUAGGACGUUAUCAGCUCCAAAAUAACUCAAGGGUUUGCUCCGAGUUGGAAGCUGCUGAGUGCAUUUCCUUUCCUGCCAGUUUUGCUUUAAUGAAAAAAAAACAAAACCACACAACACCACAGUUCUUUAGUUGCACUGUUGUUUGAUUUAGCUUCUCCCAAGCUAGGAACACACAGCAGUUUUCAGAGUUGGGUGCUGAUGCAGAUCGGCAGCGCUGCAGGUGAGGGGGAUGCUCUGAAGGUCUGUGCAGGAGCCCUAAGAGCCACCUGCUUGCUAUUGAAGCUCUCUGAACUGCUGAGAUAGAAUUAAAAAAAAAAAAAAAAAAAAAAAGGAAGAAAG